AAUAAUAAUUCUUUGAUGCAAAUCACAGAAUUGUAAAGGAAAUUUAGGUUAUUUUACUCGGUUUCGGCAAUGCCGCACCGAUUCUUAGCUAAUUUUAGGGUUUCUCCGUUGUUUUUGAGCAGCUGACGUUUCUAGGGUUUUUUAUUUUUUGGAGCAUUUUGUGAUAUCUGGAGCCCUAGGCUUUCGAUCGAUGAACAUAGAACAAGAAUCUGAGGUCAGGCCGGUUCUUGGACCGGCCGGAAACAAGACGAGGUCGCCAUCUCUCGCUCUGAAGCCAGCUUCAAAGCAAUUGGAGAAGGAGGAGGAGGAGGAGGAGGAGGAGCCUUCACCGGUUCAAAAUUCGAGGCCAUUGGGUUCGUCCUUAGGCGCUCCUCCUUCGGCAGUGAGGAGGCAGGAGCUUCUGUUGCGUUCGAACUUGUCGUUGAAUGCUUCUUGCUCUUCGGAUGCAUCGACGGAUUCGUUCUGUAGUCGGGCUUCUACAGGAAAGUUUGCUCGGCCGAGGUCGGAUCGGAGGAGGCAGAGAGUUCUGAGGCCGGAGAAGAUCAUUCCGGAUGGCGAGGUGAAAGCUCCUCCUGAGCUUUCGCAGGGGAAGAGGAGGUGUGGUUGGGUCACACCCAACGCUGAUUCUCGUUAUGUUUUAUUCCAUGAUGAGGAAUGGGGUGUUCCUGUCCAUGAUGACAGGAGAUUAUUUGAGUUGCUUGUAUUAUCCGGUGCAUUAGCUGAGCUUACAUGGCCAGCAAUCCUCAGUAAAAGGCACAUAUUUAGGGAGGUUUUCUUGGACUUUGACCUAGUAGCCGUCUCCAAGUUGAAUGAGAAGAAGAUCAUAGCCAGUGGAAGCACUGCCAGAUCCCUAUUAUCAGAGCCAAAAUUACUCGCUAUUAUUGAGAAUGCCCACAAAAUACUAAAGAUUACAGAGGAGUUUGGAUCAUUUGAUAAUUACUGCUGGGGGUUUGUGAACCACAGGCCAAUCCCUAGCAGAUUCCGCUACCCUCGACAAGUCCCAGUCAAGACUCCAAAGGCAGACGUUAUCAGCAAAGACUUAAUAAAGAGGGGCUUCCGAAGCGUGGGCCCUACCGUCAUAUACACAUUCAUGCAGGCUGCAGGCUUAACGAAUGACCAUCUCAUUACCUGCUACCGUUUCGAUGAGUGCACAAAAAACAGCAACUGUAACAAAGAUGAAAAGAAGAGGGAUGAAAAUGUCAAAGAGAUUGUGCUAGAGGAGCUUGAUUUGGAACUGGCAAUGGCUGUAGGUGGACUGGGUCUCUCGUCCCAGCAACUGGGGAAGAAAAUGAAAUGCGUUUGAUUCUGUAUAAAGGUUUUACAUAUUCUUGUCAUCUGGCUUGUAUAUCCUUCCUUUUUUUAAUUAUUAUUAUUUUACAUCGCUAGCGAAAUUGAUUAGAGGUCCUCCAUGUGCCAGAAAGCAAUAUUGCUUAGCUGCAGCUUGCCGUUGAGUGAUAUAGUUUGGGUUUUAGUGACAGUUUGAUCUUAUAUCCAUCAGGUUACAGUCCAAAGUUUGAUUGUUGCCAGUAAAUAACUCAGCUGAUGCGGUACCAUUACUGAUUGAGAUUUUAGGUUUGCAAUGCAGCAAAUCCAGGUCCAGGACUUGGGACCAAGCUGCUGCAAUAAUCUCAUAUUCGUCGUAGGUACGUUCUACUCUUGGUACCAACCAAAUCAUAUCCAAUUUUGAUUACAUUAUGCCAACAUACAGGACGGGGAAAGAGAAGUUCAUAUUUUGCCAACCAAAGUUUUUUUUAAGUACUAGUAGAAAAGAUUGAUAUAUGAUGCUGAUAUUGGAUUAAUAAGCCUUAGCCAAGGAUAGAAUUACGAGAAUAAUCAGGUUGGGUACACAAAAACUCAAAACUAAUGUACAAACCACUACGCUGAUGCUCCGCCUCACUAGAAUGAAUCAUAUCAGAGAGCAUAAGGUAGGAAACAUAAGAAUCUAACAACCCAUCUUAUAAACUUUGAUACAUAUUAUCAUCAUAACUGGAAAAACUUCAGA